GCGGGUAGGCGGGGCGCGGGGGUCUGGGUGUGUGCAGCGGCCGCCGGCGGGGCGCGCUCCCGUUCCAGCUCCGCUCCCGCCUCCCUGCACGCACAUUGUCCGGGCGGCGGCGGUGGCAGAGCGCCCCGGCGUCCGGUGCCAAUGCGGGGCGGGCGCGGCAUACCGGGGGCGCCUCCACCACCGCGGUGGAAACUUCACCUCACCGCCGGGCCGACGCGCGGCUGAAGCCCCCGGCGGGGCCGGGUCGGGCGGGAAGGAAGGAGCGCAGCGGUGGGGGCGGUUCGCCCGCCGGAGGGGCGCCUCCGUCUUGUUUGAUUUUCCUCCGUUAGAAGAAAUAUACAAAUAAUAUUAUUAUCCCGCUUUAAACUUCCGCGCCCCGCUUUCCAGGACGCGCAUCCCGUCUGGCGGGGCGGACGAGCCGGUGGUUGUGCUCCUGGAAAUCUUGAGCUGGGGUCAGCUGGAAGAUGACUGAAUAUAAACUGGUGGUGGUCGGAGCUGGUGGUGUUGGGAAGAGUGCUUUGACAAUACAGCUCAUUCAGAACCAUUUCGUUGAUGAAUAUGACCCCACAAUAGAGGAUUCCUACAGAAAGCAGGUUGUCAUUGAUGGAGAGACCUGCUUGUUAGACAUCUUGGAUACUGCAGGGCAAGAGGAGUACAGUGCCAUGAGAGACCAGUACAUGAGAACCGGGGAAGGAUUCCUCUGUGUCUUCGCCAUCAACAACACAAAGUCCUUUGAAGAUAUUCACCAGUACAGGGAGCAAAUCAAGAGGGUGAAAGACUCAGAUGAUGUUCCUAUGGUACUGGUGGGGAAUAAAUGUGACCUACCAGCCCGGACAGUGGAGACCCGGCAAGCGCAGGACCUGUCCCGAAGUUACGGGAUCCCCUACAUAGAAACAUCUGCCAAAACCAGACAGGGCGUUGAAGAUGCCUUCUAUACCUUGGUGCGGGAGAUCCGUCAGCACAAGCUGCGCAAGCUGAAUCCCCCAGAUGAGAGCGGCCCCGGCUGCAUGAACUGUAAAUGUGUGAUAUCGUGACUAUGCUGACUGGACUGUGUCUUGGAGUGGUUUCCACUGUGCAGAGCACAAGGAAAGAGCUGAAGCAAAGGAAGAAGCAAACGGAUUCAGAGGAGGAGUAAAGCGGGAGGUGGAGAGGAAGAGGAGGAGGACGGGGGAGCAUGAGCACCUCCAAGGACUAUCUCGCACUUCACCCAAGCCUGUGGCAAACGAUUUUUUUUUCUUUUUUUCUUUGUCUGUCCCCUCCUUCUUUGGCCUCCUUCCACCCCAGCAACUGUACAAAGCCACAGAUUGAAUCACAGUAAAUUAUUAUUUGAUGGUCUCAACAAA